AGCUGGAGGAAGCCGCAGUAUCGACAUUGGCGGCCACGAUGAGCAAGGGCGACGCCGUGUGCACGGGUUGGCUCGUCAAGUCGCCCCCCGAGAGGAAGCUGCAGCGCUAUGCUUGGCGCAAGCGAUGGUUUGUUCUCCGGCGGGGCCGCAUGAGUGGCAAUCCUGAUGUCUUAGAGUACUAUCGCAACAAGCACUCCAGCAAGCCUAUCCGUGUGAUAGACCUCAGUGAAUGCACUGUGUGGAAGCAUGCAGGCCCUGACUUCGUUAGGAAAGAAUUUCAGAACAAUUUUGUGUUCAUUGUCAAGACUACUUCCCGUACAUUCUACCUAGUAGCCAAGACUGAGGAAGAAAUGCAGGUGUGGGUACACAGCAUCAGUCAAGUCUGCAAUCUCAGUCACCUAGAAGAUGGUGCAGCAGAUUCUGUGGAGAGUCUCUCUCCCAUGCCCUCCUCCCUCCAGCCAUCCCCUGCCAGUUCACUUCAUACCGCCCAUGUUGCCAACUCUGCCUUGCCAAAAGAUGACCCAAACACUAAUAUCGUAUCCACUGAGGAAAUCAGAAGUGAGUCAGAGUUUCUCUUCCUUCCUGAUUAUCUGAUCCUGUCCAACUGUGAAACUGGAAGACUACACCAUACCAGUCUUCCAACCAGAUGUGAUAGCUGGUCAAAUUCAGACCGUUCAUUGGAACAGACUUCUUUUGAUGAUGUUUUUCUUGAUGGUCUGCAGCCAUUUACCUCUAAUACUUUGAUCCAACCCCAGCACCAAGGGAAUGGAUCUCAGGAUGUGCCUUCCACAAGGCCCCAGCCUGCUCUAAUCUGGAAUAGAGAAAUCAAUGUCCCAUCCAGGAACCACAUAUCUUCUUCACCAUUUCUGGAAUCUUCUUUAAAUCCCAUAAUUCAUGUAGAAAAAAAGCAAGUUUCCUUACCCAGUGGGGCAAAAGAACUAAGCAUUAUGUCCAAUACUCCACCUCCUCGCCCUCCUAAGCCAAGUUAUCUCUCUGAACGGCGCCAGGAAGAUCAGCUCCUGUUGACUGGGUACCGCAGUAGCAAGAAGCCAGGGUACACUAUGGUACCAAGAAGAAUCUCUCUCUCUGGUUUAGACCAUGUCGGGUCAUGGAAAGGUGAUGUACAAAGCCAGUCCCCGAGACACAGGGAUAAGCGGCUCAGUUUAAAUCUGCCAUGCAAGUUUUCACCGAUGUAUCCCACAGCUUCACUCACUGUUGAAGACAGUUAUGUGCCCAUGAGCCCCACAGGCACUGUUUCUAGUCUGAGGCCCCAUUACAGCCAGGAUGACUACAUCCCAAUGAACUCAAGCAUGCUACCUGAGUUACCUGCAGAUUUGGAGCCACCUCCAGUGAACAGAGAUCUCAAGCCCCAGAGGAAAUCACGGCCAUCUCCCUUGGAACUGAGAAACCUUUCCACCAUCCGAGAACACACAUCUCUAACCAGGACUCACACUGUGCCUUGCAAUCGAACCAGCUUUCUCUCUUCACAAAGAAAUGGUAUUAAUUCUGCAAGAUUUUUUGCCACUCCUUCUUCCAAAGAAGAAGAAGAAAGCUACAUCCAAAUGGAAGAAUAUAGAACAGUCAAUUCCAUGAGUAGUAGUGCUCUUAAUUGGACAAAGAAAUUCAGCCUGGAUUAUUUGGCCCUGGACUUCAAUUCAGCAUCACCAGCCCCUGUGCAGCAGAAACUUCUUUCAGAAGAGCAGAGAGUAGACUAUGUCCAAGUGGAUGAGCAGAAGACACAAGCUCUCCAGAGCACCAAGCAGGAGUGGACCGAUGAGAGGCAAUCCAAAGUGUGAGAGGUGUGGGCUUGGUCAAAUUGUGCAGCAGGGAAGUUUGGGAGUAUGUUUGCAGUUCUUUCAUUCAACAUUUUUCUUUGCUUUAUAAGCUUAUUGAUUCUGGCAGAGAAAUUUUUUAGCACCUCAGGGAAUACAUACAUUGUUGUUGGUUUCCCUAUAAAGGACUAAAGCUUUUAAGUGAUAGAAAUGACCAGAAAAAUUAUGUAUCUUUUAAUGCAUUUAUCUGCUUAUUAAUUUAUUUGUUUAUUUGUUUAUUUUGCAUCCUCACCGCAGUUUCAAAUUUAACAAAGAGUUCUACUCUCUGGUUUCCUGACUGUUUUUUUUACUCCACUUGAAAAUGACUUAAGUCCUGAGAUUGAAAAUUCAGCUGUUUCCUUUAUGAUUCUGGGGGCUGAGGAACCCAAAACAAAGGUCUCAGUUGGGAAUGGCGUGCUAGUGAAUUUCCUUUCUGAUCUUUCAGAGCACUUACAGAGAGAAGAUAUAACUGAACUGGGAAAUUAACAGUUCCAGCUCUGCCACUUCAUCCUGGCCAUUGCUUCUUAUAUAUGAAGAUGGAUCAAAUAGUCAGCCAGUUCUAUGAGGGUCAGUGUAGACAGAGAAGUUGUAGGCUUUGACAUUGGGUGUCAACAUUUUACACUGCCUCAAAUGAAAAUAAAUGACAAAAUAUUUUUCAUACCAUACAAGAAAUCACUUUGAUUUUCAAAACAGAAUGUUGUGUAUACAUUUUUUUUUCAGUGUGGAAAAAUAGGGAAAGUGUCCAGUACUUUAAACAAGUUCAAGGACCUUAGUACACUUGGACCUCAUAUCCAACUCCAAACCACAACACACAGGCUAGAGCCUGUGAGGAAGUUCCUUUUUUUUUCUUGUAACUGACAAACAAUCACAGAAAUCCCAAGCAGGAAUCCAGGACUGCAGACUCUCAAUCCUUAUAGACAGGAACAGAGCUUUCCCAUGUAUGAGAUACUUGUAUUUGAAUCAUGGAAAAAGCUAGUACAGAAAAAUGAUAACCCUAAGGGUCAAGAGCCACACAAGGAUGAAGAUAGAAGUUGCAGCUGAAGUUGCCAGCAGAGAAUUUCACUCAAUAUUCAAAUUUAUCUUAUCUACAAAACGUUUCUAACAAUAUAUUUUCAAUAUUAGUACAUAAGUAAUACAACCCUUUUAGAUAUAUUAAAAACAAGAGUGCCCUAAAUAGGCACUCCUUUACAAGGCAAAGAUGACAUCAUUUUUAGGAUGUAUACAAUUAUGCCCUGCUUUGAUGAAACUGCUGAAGGAUGCCUGCAUAAGAGCACAGUAAAACAAAGUACAAGUAAUUUGUAAGCUGGAGACAGCAAAUGCUCCUAAGAAAGCUACCACUGAGACAAAGUGAUGCCAAUUAAAUAGGACAGUGCUGAUAUUAAUUUCACUGUUUUCUGUAGCUCCUUUCCAUUUUAUUCCCAGUGCAGGAUGGGGAACAGGAGGCCUUCAACCUGAAAGUUGGGAAAGUCGGCAAUCCCAGAACUGGUGAGGAGUUAAGCUUUCCUUAGGGAAGAAGAAGGCCUGAGGCACACACAGCCUGCCUAUAAAGACACAAAAACCUAUCUGUAGUUGCUUCACUAUAGAGAUGGAAUCAACUGAAUCAUCAUGACAUGUAGUUCAGUGUCCAAACCCACAAACAUUCCUCUUCUUAAUGGUCUCCUUUAGUACCCCCUGUUCAUAUCAUCUCUGUACCCACAAUGACACUGAGUUUUCAAUUUUGUUUCACUUUUAGUAUUUCAUUUCUGGCAUUAAUAAAAGUUUUAUAAGGAGAAA